CUGGUGGUCAUGGCCAAUAGAAGUAAAGAACAAGAGCCUUUAAUAAAUAAAAAAUUAAUGAAAUGGAAAAUACUCAUAAUAUCAGAAAAUGUAGAGCAGGCAAAAGAAUUGAGGACACGACAAAUGGAGAUACAGAAUUAAAGUACAGAGUACUUAGUAUUGCCUCCUAUUUUGUGGUUCUUGUUCUAAUAGGAAUACCAAUUUGGUGGUAUACAACUCGAGUCUACAGAGCAACUUUACCCUUGGACGAAAUUCGAAAUUUACAGUUGAACAACUACAGUAAAAGAGAGUUUGGAAUACCUCUAAGUCUUGAGUAUGAUGUUCUCAUUAGUUUUGUUCAUCCAGAUCCUGAAAAUCUGCAAAUUAAACUAACUGGAUUGGAGAUAGCCGAAUAUUUGCAAGAUUUUUUGGAAGAAUUGAGUCCCCUAGCAGACUUUAUUACAAAAUCUCAGUGGCUAUAUCUGACAGAGCUUGGAGCUAUUCCAAAGAAAGUUAAUAACCGUUUAGUUUUAUUUGAACAUCAAUUACCUCAUGUUAUUACUCCUUUGGAGACAAAACUUUGGUCCCAUAUGUCUGCUCGGCCCAGUUUAAAUUUGGUACUGUAUUUUCCUCACUGUAAAGCACCAUUAUACAUAUAUAAUGAUAAUAAUGAACCAUCAAAGACUAACGCCUUUGUGAGUCCUAGGUGGGGCGGUAUUUAUGUUAUUAAUCCAGAUGGUAAUUCUUGUGAGAAAGGGCAAUUUAAACCCAAUGUAAAUUUGAUUGUGGCAACAUUCAAGGCUACCUUAAAAGAGCUUUUUAAAAUUCAAGAUGAUUCAAUAGAUGGAUUAAAAGAAUUAAGAAGAAGAAAAACUGAGGAGUUGUUAGAAUCAUCAAAACGGACACUAAAAUCACUGGCUCAAUUGUUGCAGGAAAUAAACAGUAUUGUCAUAAGUGAUGAAGUUGCAGAGAAAAUUAAUAUUGCUGUCAAAAAUGUUAAUGAUGCUGCGAGUUAUAUAAGCUCUAAUAAGUCGACCAAUGCUUUGGCAAGUGCCAAAUUAGCAUUUAAAAAAUCUGAAGAGGCAUUUAGUCAUCCCUCAUUGUUGGCUUUACUUUAUUUUCCGGAUGAUCAAAAGUAUGCCAUAUAUAUUCCUUUGUUUUUACCUGUGAUGAUACCCGUAGUAAUGUCCUUAACAUCAAUUGGGAGAAAGCUCAAGAAAGUAAAGUGUGAUUAAGCAUAGCAGCAGAUAGAAUAUUAUUUAAAUUAAUUUAAAUUUAGGUGGUUUUUUCAAAAUAAAACAACUAAAGAAGCCCUAAAAUCUCUCAAAAAUUAAAUAAUUUUUAAAAAUAAAUCGGAUUUUAUGCACCUCAAAAGUACCGAACUAUCGGUAGACCACCAAAAAUUGCGCACACGAAAAAACCGUUAAAACUAACCAAAUUAUUCAAAAUUAUCCCAAUAGCACAAAAAAAAUCAUUUGAGAGAGAUUAGAACCAGGGUAUCGUAUUAGUUUUUUGGGUGUUAUUUAGAUAAUUUUGCAUUAAUUCGGAAAAUUCCAUCUUUUUUUCAUAUGCCUAAUUUUUGGGUACUUGGGCGGUGCGUGAAAACAUGAGUGCUUUUUUAGAGGUUUCGGGUCUUUUUUGGAUGUUUACUUUUCGGAAAACUGACUAAAUUGGUAUGAUUUUAACUUGUUUUUCGUACCCUGGUCCAAAAGUAAUAUUUUAUAUCCUUUUUAGGUUAUUGGCAUAAAUUGUGUGUGAUAAAAUGUUAAU